GGCAGAGUAUCGAGUAUUUCUUUGUCCGUUUCCUCAAUAUUUUAUUUCGAUCUCCGCGGAAACCUUCUCAUACCGUGACACACCGACGUUAUUUCAAAUUUGUCGGGUCCAAGCUGUCGAAACUGUGCCGAGGCGGAAUGUUAGAGAGAAUCGAGAGCGCUACAAUAUUGACAAACAAAGAAACGUUCGAUCCUUACUCCUGUUGCUGGGUGCGCGAACGCAGCGCGCAUGCGCGGGUCGUCUACGCAACUCAUUCGGCGAGAAGGGGCGCUCGCGCUAGCGGCGACCAGUCUGUUUUAGCGCAACGGCUUGUUCAGGUCUUGUGUGACUAAGCUGCAGGACUUUCAGCUUUCAACGUGCCAACUACUCGAUCGAUUCGUGUCUUCGCCCGGGAAAGAACACGAAAAAGAUGGGUGACGAACAGUGGGGAGGUGAUAUGAUAGAUUUCUCGCAGCCACCACCGGUGGAUGCAUCCUCGUUUGAACAAGGACACGCCCCAGUCAAAGGAAAAGGACGUGGCGCAAUUUUAUCCAACAACAACAAUAAUAACAAUGAUUCCCGUGUGGGUGGUUCUUACAAUAAUGAAAAACCGGAUUAUCAAGAAAGUUAUAAGGAUAGGACUAGCGGUAGAGAUGGAAAUAAUAGAUAUAAUGGAAGCAACAGAUUCGGGGGAAACGAAAAACCGCGUUAUGGAAAUAACAGAGGCGACGGUGACGACAGCGAUCGCAGGUGGCAAGGCAAUAGAAAUAACGGCGAUUGGGAUAAACGAAACAGGAAUAGAAACGACGACGAAACUGAGAACAGCGGAUAUGAUGGGAAUUAUAAAAACGAUAGGAGGGAUGGACCACGGAGAGAUAGAAACGACAGAGGCGGAAGAGGCGGCGGCGGCGGUGGUGGUGGUGGUGGUGGUGGUAGAGAUAGGAGAGAUGGUGAUAAUUACAGUGAUAGAAACAAUGACGAUCGCGAGGAUAGAGGACGUAGAAGAAAUGGCAGCGGCGACGGUAAUAGAAACGAUGGUGACGAUAAUCCUCCGAAGAACAGAGAAGUUUAUAUCCCUCCGGAUGAACCAAAUGAUGAGAAUUACUUAUUUGGAAAUGACGUAUCGAUGGGAAUAAAUUUCGAUAGAUAUGACGAUAUCGAAGUAAAGGUUUCCGGUGAGAAUGCACCGCCUCCGAUACACUCCUUUGACUCGACCGGCCUCAGGACUCUCCUUGUGGAGAAUAUCCAAAAGUCUGGAUAUACAAAGCCUACUCCCGUUCAGAAAUAUGCCAUCCCGAUUAUAUUGAGUGGCCGCGAUCUGAUGGCUUGCGCGCAAACUGGCUCAGGGAAAACUGCAGCCUUUGUGGUUCCCAUCAUACAUACUAUGCUGGAGAAUCCGAAAGAUUUGGUUCAAAUAGGCUCAUCUUGCGAGCCACACGCGAUUAUUAUAUCACCCACACGUGAGCUUACCUCGCAAAUACACCAACAAGUGCGAAAGUUCUCACUGAGUUCUAUCGUGAAGAGUGAACUAGUCUACGGAGGGACUUCUGUUAUGCAUCAAGGAAACAGAGUUUCUGCCGGUUGUCAUAUUCUAGUCGCGACUCCAGGUAGAUUGUUGGACUUUAUUGGAAGAGGCAGGGUUAAACUAUCUUCUCUGCGUUUUUUGGUAUUGGACGAGGCUGAUCGGAUGCUAGAUAUGGGAUUUUUACCUGAUAUCGAGAAGAUUGUGGAUCAUGAGACAAUGGUGCCUCCAGAAGACAGGCAGACACUGAUGUUUUCUGCUACAUUCCCGCGAGAGAUACAAGAACUUGCGGGGCGAUUUUUGAAGAAUUACUUAUUCCUUGCAGUUGGGAUUGUCGGCGGUGCCUGCGCCGAUGUAGAACAGAACUUUUAUCAGGCAUCUGGGCAACCCGAUAAGCGCAAAUUGCUGAAGGAUCUGAUAGAGAAGCAGAAUCAAGCCGGCAGUAUAGAAGGCACUUUAGUAUUCGUCGAACAAAAGAGACACACGGACUUUAUCGCCGCCUUCUUGUCUGAGAAUAAUUUCCCGACGACUAGCAUACACGGCGAUAGACUGCAGAGAGAGCGAGAAGAAGCCUUGGCUGAUUUUAAACGAGGCAAAAUGUCUAUCUUGGUAGCAACGGCGGUGGCUGCGCGCGGCUUGGAUAUUAAAAAUGUCGCUCACGUAAUUAAUUUCGAUUUACCGAAAACAAUCGACGAAUAUGUUCAUAGAAUUGGACGAACUGGUCGAGUUGGCAAUCGUGGCAAGGCAACAUCUUUCUUCGAUUCGGAAACCGACAUGCCUCUCAUUGGCGAUUUGGUGAGAAUUUUAAAACAAGCUAGCCAACCGGUACCCGACUGGUUAGAAUCCGGUGGCGGUGGCGGUAGUAGAACUUUCGCGCCUGGCCGAGGAUCAAGACGAUUUGGUGGAGUCGACAUAAGACACAAUAAAGAUGGAUAUGGAGAAUCGUAUGAUGAUGUCAUUGGUGAUGCACCUCCCGUACAAGCAGAACCAGAAGAGGAAUGGUAAAUAACGACAUAUCUCAAAGUGACAUUACGGAGAGAGAGAGAUAGAGACACACACAGACAAAAAAGUUCAGAACAAAAGUAACUGCAUUAUACGUUUAUCGAUAUGGUAAAGAUUAUUAUUUUUCGUUUUUUCUUUUUUUUUUCUUCUCCAUUAGUAUCGAGUUAAUACACAUUUUUUUUACGUUAUCA